UUCAAGGCUUCCUUCUGCCGAGAAAUGGAAACUGAAAGAAUUAUUUAGCUUCAGAGCAUUGAUCGUCGAAAGGAGGUCACUUUCACUAUGUCUUCAGAUGAGGAUUUCUCUCUGGUGGUGGAGAAUCCACAGCCAUUAGAGGACACCUUGGAGGGGAUCCAGACUUUAAUCAGCAACUACAAGAAAAAAUACGAUCAGCUGGUCGAGGAGCAGAAAGAGCUGGCCGUCGCCAGAGACGACCAGCAGGAGAUGAUUCAGAAGUUCAAGGAGCGCUCCCUCAAACUGAGCCAGGAUCUGGACGGGGAACAAAACUCCAACAAGCAGAAGAUUGAAAAUGAAAAGGCGAAGCUGGAUUCACUAAAGGGAGAGGAGUUCGAACUCAUGCAGGAGAUCGAGAGAGUGGAGGCCGCCCUGAAGAAGGAGGAGGACGCAAACAACCAUCUGAAACAGCAGACUGAUGUGUUCACCGCUGUGCCAGAGAAGAAGGUCGUCUUCCUCGGGCAGACGGUAAAAGCAGCCCAAACACAAACGUUUGAAAUGAAAUCACGUAUAGUUUAUCCGAUGGAGGAGGGAACGGCGCUGAUUACCUUUGAGGAUGAAGUCGUGGCCAAGAAGGUCCUGGAGAUGAAGAAGCAUCGGGUGGAUCUGGGAGGAGAGUGCAGCAUCACUGUGGAGGCCAGGCCGGUUCAACUGAUGAUGCCCAAGCUGGUGGAGAUCGACUCUGAAAUUUGUCCUCAGCGUAUAUUAAUCUCCGACCUGCCCAAAAUGGACACAGAGGUGAUGAUGAACAAGCUGGAGAUCUACUUCUCCAAGGGAAAACACAGAGGCGGAGAGGUGGAAGAGUGCGAGAUGCUGCCUGACUCUGGGACUGUGGUCCUCACAUUCGUGGAGAAAAACAUUGCCAGAGGUUUGACAGAAACAGAGUACCAUGAAGUGAAGCUAAAAAAUAAGAUCCACAAAGUGAGAGUGACUCCUUUUCUGAAUGGGAAAAUUACAAACUUAAAGACCAAGAUGUCCGUGUGUCCUCGGACGGUGCUUCUGACAGGAAUCCAUCCCGUCAUGGAGCACGAGACCCUGCAGGAUCUGCUGGAGAUCCACUUCCAGAAAAGCAGCAACGGCGGCGGAGAGAUCGAAGCCUUCCUCUACAACCCGCUGGGUCAGCAGACCUCCGCGCUGUUUGAGAGCGUCUCCAAAAACAAAGAGGAGAAGUAGACUGUAGGUUUGCAGAACCUCCAAAAAGAAGCGUCUCAGGUUCAAUGUGAUACCAUUUGCCUGAUGUAAUGAUACACCCCUGUCAACACAAUCUGUUUUAGUCCCAUUUCUGUUUUCAUACCUCUUGUGAUGGACGUCAGUACAUUACAGAGUAAAGUUCUUGUUUAGGGAUGUUUUUUGGUGUCGAUAAAACUGCCUCAAGAAGGCUUCGCCUGGUGAUAUUAAUUCUGAGAAUUAUAGAACUUGUCAGAGGGUGAAUUCAGUGUAGUUAUUUAAAAAAUAUAACUUAAAAGUAAUCGCUUAUAUUUACUGUGUAGUUACAAUGAUGCAAUAACCCCAUUAAUCAACAAGUAAUAUGUUCUUUUUUGUGUGUAACUGUUCCAACUUUAUGGAAUAAAAAUGUAACACAUCAUGUACAUUUUGGCACAGUGUAAUUAAACUGGUGUAAGAAAUGAAAUGA